AUGAAUUAAUCUGAAGAUUUCAUUAUGAAAUGCCCAAAUCCUUAACAUACUAAGAAUUUGAGCCAAGUGUGCUUUGAUGAAUUUUGUAAAGAAUAGAGAUUAUGUUGUCAUGAAUGUAUACAAAGUGGAAAGCAUUUUUCACAUCCUCACAAUUUAUAAGAGUUGCCAUUUUUAUUUGAACAUAUAGAAAAAACUAAAUAACAAACUGAUAAUUUCAUUAAUAAGUUGAAUACAAAAAUGGAUUAUGUUUAUCAAUUUUACUCUUUAUUAAUUGGAGGAAUUAGAUCUAAAUACUAAAUGUCUAAAAUAUAAUUUCUAACCUUAAAUUUUGAUGAAAUUGAUUCCUUCGUAUUACAAAUUAUUCAUUUCAAAUCAUUUGAACUCUAUUUCCAAAAGCUGUUCUAACAAUUUAUAUUGAAAAUUUAGGAUUUCAUGAAGGAACUACAAAAUGAAUUAGACUUAACUUCAGUUAAAUACUAUCAAAUAUCAAAAUUUAAUCUUAUGAAAUCAGAGGAAUAUUAUAAAAAAGGUAUUAGAUUUAAUAAUUUAGGGUAUAAACUAUAUUGGGAUGAUAAAAAAUUUGAUGAGGCUAUUAAUUUAUUUGAUUAAGCAUUAAAUUUGAAUUAACAACAUUUAUUAUCACUAUGGUGUAAAGGUUUAAGUAAAUUUAAUUUAUUAGCUGACAGUUUAAGGAUUCUUGGCUAAUAUAAUGAAUCUACAAUUUGGGUAGAUAAGGCUUUGUAGAUCGAUCCAAGGCAUUGCAAUUCAUUAUAUACUAAAGGCAUAAAUAAAUUUUUAAUUUACUAGCUGAUAUUUUAAGGUUGAUCGGUUAAUAUCACGAAGCAGUUCUUUGGGCUGAUAGAGCUUUGUCAGUAGAUCCUAACCAUUUCAAUUCAUUAUUUACCAAAGGUAUGAAUAACAUUUUAUGAUUAGCGGAUAGUUUAAGGAUUCUUGGAUAAUAUGAUGAAGCAGUUAUUUGGGCAGAUAAAGCUCUGCUUUUAAAUCCGAAGUAACGCGAUUCUUUAUGCACGAAAGGUCUGAUUAAAUUUUAAGUUUAGCUGAGAGUUUAAGGGGGCUUGGUUAAUAUGAUGAAGCGAUCAUUAGCGCAGAUUAAGCUUUAUAAGUCGAUCCAAAGCAUUGUAGUUCAUUAUAUAUUAAAGGUAUUCUUAUAUUUUAUUUCUAGGAAACUCAUUAAGAUUACUGAAAAAAGUUUAAAGAAGCUAUGAAAGUGAUUGAGACAUCUUUAAAAAUUAAUCCAACUCAUUUUGAUUCUUUAAAGAUAAAAGGUUUAUUGUAUUAUAUAAUUAAUAGGAGCAUGUUUACAGGAUCAGAGCUUAUAUAAAGAAGCUUUGAUAUUUUAUGAUAAAGCUUUAAAAAUUGAUUCCAAUAAUUAAUGGACGAAAAAAAGAAAAAGUAUUCUAUUUUGACUAAUUAGAUGAAUGUUUAAACGCCUUAAAAAAUAAGUGA